UUCACCAACAGAAUUUAAACUAAAAUUCAAGCCAUGAAGAAAACUCUGAUAGUGGAGCCUGUCAUUUGCUUGUACAUGUUUGCCUAUUCUCUGUACACACCCUCACAGCAGCAGUAUGUGUAUCGGAGGAUUUGGGAAGAGACGAUCAACUCCAGCUUCAGAGAUGACGACAAUGUUUCUCACUGUGGAUUAAACCAAAGUGAUCCAAUUUACUUGAAGGAACAGAAAGUCCAAGAAGAAGCCUCUCUCUUUGCCAUGAAAAUGGAAUUAUGUGGUGCUGUUCUCAAUAUUAUGGUAGCCUUUGUUCUUGUAGCCAAUGGGGAUUGCUGUGGACGCAAAAUCUCACUAGUUCUUCCUCUGGUGGGGAACCUUAUAAGCGGCAUUUUCCUCAGUGCCACAUCCUAUUUCUCUCUCCCCCUCCCUUUUCUUUAUGCUUUGGCCUUUAUAAGUGGGCUCUUUGGGGGUAUGGCGACCUUCCUUGGAGGUAGCUUUGCUUUCGUAGUUGAUCUCUGUGAGAAUCACAAACAGAAAACAAUCCGGAUAGCUGUGGUUGACUUGAUCUAUGGAUUGCUCUCUGGAUUGGGAGGACUGUCUUCAGGAUUCAUUUUGAAAGGAAUAGGCUUUACUUGGACAUUUGUGAUUGUUUCACUGAUUGACAUUGUUAACAUUUUCUAUGUUACGUGUUUUUUGGAUGAUACGAUACGUGUAUCUGAAGUCCAGCGACAGUCUCUGGUGGAAGGCCUUAAAAAAACUUUUUCUGAAGUGCAGGCACUUUUUAAAUCCUCUUCGUUUAGGAAGCGAACCAUUAUCGUCUUGCUGCUGUGUACAUUUAUGACUUAUUUGUUCACAGUGUUUGGUGGGAUCUCUCAGUUUACCCUUUAUGAGCUGAAUGACCCGCUGUGCUGGAAUGAAAUCUACAUAGGAUAUGGAUCUGCAGCAUCCACUGCAAUCUCUUUGACCAGUUUUCUAGGAAUAGUUAUACUUUCUCAAGUACUGAAAGACAUCUACCUGGUUUUCAUUGGGAUUUUUUCAUACAUUGGAGGAAUUAUCAUGGCUGCUUUUGCCAACACUACAUUGCUCAUGCUUCUAGUGCGUGUGCCAUCUCUGCUAGUUUUUAUGCCUCUUCCAGUGCUUCGAGCCAUGCUCUCAAAGGUGGUUCUUCCUAGUGAACAAGGUGCUCUGUUUGCUUGCAUUGCCUGUUUAGAGGUUGUGAUUGGUACCAUUUCACUUGCUGCUUUUAAUAGCAUCUAUGCAGAGACUGUAGCCUGGUUUCCAGGUUUCAGUUUCCUCUUAUCAGCUGGUCUCUGUAUAAUUCCUUUGGGCACACUGAGCUGGCUUGUGUGUGCCACUGAGCAUCAACAGGAGUAUGUGCCACUUGUCCAUGAAGAAGAGGCUGACAGCUGAGAGGAGAAUUUGCUUAAUGGCUAACCCUGCUCAUUAUUGCUUACCUGCUUCAGCCCCAAUGGGUCAGUUGUGUUGUCUCAGCUGAACUGGGAUCUGAUGUCUCCAUUGCUGGAGCUCCUCAAGAACCAAAGAGUCACACGUCUAUACUAGAUGACACAAAGAAUGCUGUGCAAAGGGGCAGAAGGUGGAGUCACAUAGAACCUGGUUUUGCUGUCAAAAAGACAACAGGUCAUUACCAGACAGAAAGUUAUGUCCUUCCUACGCCAGUAUGGCAGUACAUAGGACUAAACUGUUAAUGUUGCAAUACUGGCAUACUUAGUGAUGAAAAAUAGGUGUUUCAGCAGAGAGGAAGGGGAUAAAUCUACAAGAAAUUGGGAGAGAAACUUGUUUGUUACAUAAAAUCAUGCAUUGAAUUCAGCAGGAGCUUGCAGGAGCUCAGCUCCUGAACCUUUCUGAGCUUGCAGGAGCACAGCUCCUGAACCUUUAUGACAGUCCCCUCUCCUCCUCCUCACGUACCUUGUCCAUUGAGAAUAGUAGGUGCAGCUGCAUAACAAUCCUUGGAUUAGGAGAGCGGGCAGCCAGCCAGCCACCCUAGCAGCCCUCAUUAAACCAUGGAGAAACCCACACCACCCUUUCUCCACUUCUUAUGUGAUUUUGGGUGGCAAGUAGCUUGCUGGGGGGGGGGGGGGGGGCGGCGUGGGGGGAGUGGCGGCCAAGGAGACCCCUAGGUGAGUGAGACCUGCUUGGGCUGGCUGGAUCUCUAGCCAGCCCAAGCAGGCCUUGCUUGCCUGGGACUCUCCUUUCUUGUGUCAGGUUGCUUUUGACUGGUGGGGGGUGGUGGUACAUGCUAAUGAGUUAUGCUAAUGAGCUCCACCACCUAUUUUUCUACAAAACGACCCCUGCAUAAAACGGCUAGUGUUCUGGGCUCUGAGGACCAUGUCUUCAUGUACAAAGUUAGGUUUAUGAAUCCUCCAUAUUGCCAAUGCAAAUUAAGUAGCAACGAGGACUUUUUUAAAAAGGAAUUUGUAAAAAGAUUUUUAAAAAUUGUUUUAAAGAAUUUUACAACAUAUAUUCAUUUGAAAGGGUUUUGAUUUUAAAAUAUAGGGAGAUUUUUACAAACUUUAAUCUGCUGAAGAGCUAGAAUUGAGUCCAGUAGCGUAUUAGAGAACAAUAAGUUUUUCAGGAUAUAAGCUUUUUGAGAGUCAAAGCUCCAUUCCCUGCCUUUGUAUCUGAGGUGCAUGCACACAAAAGCUUAUACCUUGAAUAAAACUUAUUUGUCUCUAAGGUGCAACUGGACUCAAUUCUGUUUUUUUCUACUUUGGCUACUCUCUGAAGCUUUAAUCUGCUGAUGUCCGUACAAGUUGACCUUACACACAGUCUUAGUGAAUCAGAUAUGAAUGGUGGGAUACAAAUUGAGAUGAUGAGUUAGUGUUCCUGGUUUCAUCCGACUGUUUGCUGAAUCUGUUGGUUUUUGGUCUGGAUCCAUGUUGAACCCACCCACAAGAGCAGUUCAGAAUGUGUGAAUCCACUCAGAGAUGACUUAAUAUCAUGGUAGAAAAGAAAAAGUGUGUUGAAACCACGUUUAAACUAUAAACAAGUAUAACCAACAACAUGGAUCAAAUAGUCAUUGAUAUAACAACAAGAAUUGUGCUUAAAAUCUUGAGCUCUAACAAUUAAGCCACCACUACACAAAAUUAUAAUUUAGUGCAGAUAUAAUUCAACAGUUAACAGAAAUGUUUAAGAACCAUACUUUUUGGACAUUAUCCAUGUUCAGUCACCAUAAAUGUUCAAUCACCUUUGUCAAACUUUAUCAGUGCCUAAUCAUUCUAAAUGCAAGUCCUUUAAACAGUAUAGAGCUUUUUCCAGGGUCAGUAAUCAUGGAUCUUAUUAUAACUCAACUGGUGUGGAACUCCAUCCAGGUCAAUGGAUGUGAAACUCCAAUCAACAAUGUCACAAUCCAACCAGUAAAGAACUGCAAAACUGUUCAGCAAUGGGGUGCUACCUCCUCAGUCCUUUUGGUACAUAAUCUUAAAAGUCAAACAGAUUCAACAUACUUGUCAGCAUAACAAGUCCACCAAAGCCUUAGAGAGCUCAAAAAUCACAUCAGUAUAGUCAACCAAGAGCAUCCAGCAUCACUCACUUCAUUGUCAGAUUUGUAUAAGUAAAGCCUUUGCCACUAUAGUUGAAGGGAACUGCACUUUAAGAAAUAGUCAUCAUCUGAGGAAACUUGGGACCAUUUUUGACAUGCACUUACGUAUUGUUCUAGAACUGAUUUAUUAAAUUACAGGGUAGUAUUGUAUUGACCUUUUUUGAUCUCUGAGAUCAGAUUAUGCAGAAGGGAAUAGCUGAGGUCACACGUAACUAAAAGGCUCUCAGCUCUUGUGACAGCACUUAAUAUUUAUCAAGGCUCCACUGCAAAAUGAAUGGCUUGCAAAGGAGAAACGAAUGAUGCAUUCUGGCCACAGCCCAACACAGUGUGAAGCAGACUUAAGUCCAAUAAAAUGAGUGGGCUGAAGUGUGCCCACUUCUGUUUUAGAGAGUAGGUACUACUUUUUGUACAUUUUUGUAGGUACAUUGUGUGUGGAGGGGGGGGGGGUUGAUUUGUAAUAAAAAGCACAAAUCAGAAGCAAAUUCAUUGUAUGUUGCUGCUGCUUCUAAGGUUGCCAUGUGGUACACAAUACCUCUCAGGUGUGUAUGUUGUAUUUUUCAAAAUGAUAAACAUUUUAAUAUUUUU